AUGCAGGUACUGAAUCUACUGCUGCUGAUAAUGAUUAUUGCACUGCUGGUGAUGCUAACAGUUCUUAUCUAUACGCAGGUACUGAAUCUACUGCUACUGCUGAUUAUUUUACUGCUGGUGAUGCUAACGGUUCUUAUCUAUAUGCAGGUACUGAAUCUACUGCUGCUGAUUAUUAUUUUACUGCUGGUGAUGCUAACGGUUCUUGUCUAUAUGCAGGUACUGAAUCUACUGCUGCUGCUGAUUAUUUUACUGCUGGUGAUGCUAACGGUUCUUAUCUAUAUGCAGGUACUGAAUCUACUGCUGCUGCUGAUUAUUUUACUGCUGGUGAUGCUAACGGUUCUUAUCUAUAUGCAGGUACUGAAUCUACUGCUGCUGCUGAUUAUUUUACUGCUGGUGAUGCUAACGGUUCUUAUCUUUACGCAGGUACUGAAUCUACUGCUGCUGCUGAUUAUUUUACUGCUGGUGAUGCUAACGGUUCUUAUCUAUAUGCAGGUACUGAAUCUACUGCUGCUGCUGAUUAUUUUACUGCUGGUGAUGCUAACGGUUCUUAUCUAUAUGCAGGUACUGAAUCUACUGCUGCUGCUGAUUAUUUUACUGCUGGUGAUGCUAACGGUUUUUAUCUAUAUGCAGGUACUGAAUCUACUGCUGCUGCUGAUUAUUUUACUGCUGGUGAUGCUAACGGUUCUUAUCUAUAUGCAGGUACUGAAUCUACUGCUACUGCUGAUUAUUUUACUGCUGGUGAUGCGAACGGUUCUUAUCUAUACGCAGGUACUGAAUCUACUGCUGAUAAUGAUUCAGGGCGAUGGUAUGUAA